UAGGCUUUCUCAACAUGAAUGGAUAGCCCUAUUGCUGGUCGUAAAAUCACCUCCAUGCGAUACAUUUUUCGCCACUGCUGUGCAGUUGACGUCAAAAGCAUUCUCUACGCGAAAACUUUGUUCCAAGGGGGAUUUCGAAAUUAUGCCGUUCGGAUGAGGCUCACUGUUGCUCUGGUCGUUUUCACACAGUAUAACGUACAUCAGGUCCGAUGCAUGUAUCACAAGGUCUUCGAGUAGGGGACGAUUCGGUGUCAAUGUGACGCCGUUGGCAUUUUGCCGCACUUGAUUGGCUAUAACAGCUAUGUCUCCAUUUAUUGGGCCCCUGCAGUGAAAGGAUAAAAGGCCUUCGUUUGGAAUAUCUUCAUAUACGACAAGAUGUUUUCCCUUCCUCUCGAAUGGCUUCACGCAGACUUUCCAUCGGUCAUCGUUAGUGUUAUGGUAUUGGCCGUCCUGGUUCACCUGGUCCCCUACCUGAUUGACUCUCAUCGUCUUCGCUCGUAUCCCGGUCCUCUACUCGCAAAGUUUUCCGAUGCUUGGCUGGCGUACGUGGCUUACAAGGGACAUCGUUCGGAAGUCGUCCAUGAUCUGCACAAGAAAUACGGUCUCUUCGUUCGUAUUGCGCCUAACCACGUUUCCGUAGCCGUGUCGGAUGCGCAGCCGAUGGUCUAUGGGCACGGAAACGGGGCCUUGAAAUCACCGUUCUACGACGCUUUCAUUACUACGGAGCUUGGUAUAUUUACUGCUCGAGACCGCCAGACUCAUACACGCAAACGAAAGAUCAUCUCGCAUACUUUUUCGCAGAAGAGCGUGUUGGAGUUUGAGCCGCAUGUGCGCCGUUACAUCGGUCAAUUGCUGGGACAGUGGGACAAGCUAUAUGAUAAGGCUUUGAAAGGUAUGUCGGGGGAGGAAGGUGAGGGUUGGACGGGUCGUGAUGGAAGGCUUUGGUUGGACUGCUAUCCGUGGGCGAACUAUCUCGCAUUUGAUGUUAUCGGCGACUUGGCGUUUGGAGCUCCGUUCGGGAUGAUCAUGGCAGCCAAAGAUUCCGCUCCCGUAGCUCAAAACCCUCAAACUGUAAUGAAGUCUUACGGACAAGCAGGAGCGAAAUACACUUCGAAAGAAAUUAGGGUUAUCAAGACUUUGGGUGGACCGUCGGAAACGUUCCUAGUGACCAUGGGAGCGAUGCCUGGGUGGUGUAGGUCGCUGCUCAGGCGAGCUCCGCUGUUUUGGAAGGCUGGAAAAGACUUCGAUGCUAUUGUCGGGAUGGGAAUUACUGCUGUGUCGAAGAGGUUGCAGACACCUACGGACAGGAACGAUUUGCUCAGCAAGUUACAAGCUGGAAAGGACGAAGAUGGUAACCCAAUGGGAAGAGAAGAGCUCACCGCAGAAGCGCUGACGCUCCUUGUUGCAGGAUCUGAUACCACUUCCACCUCUACCUGUGCCAUCAUCUACUACCUCGCACGCACACCUAGCGUACAAGAGAAGCUUCAGAAAGAGCUGGACGAACACCUGGACUCUGAUGUGGCUACAACCGAUCGGGUGAAGAACCUCACCUACUUGCAGGCGGUCAUCAACGAAGGACUGCGACUGCACCCCGCAGUGUCUAUGGGGCUUCCUCGCGAAGCACCUGAAGGUGGAAUGACGAUUUUGGGAAACUACCUCCCUGCUGGUACGGUUAUCAGUGUUCCUAUUUAUACGACCCAUCGGGACCCAACGGUGUUUGGGGACGAUGUCGAGGAGUUUAGGCCUGAGAGAUGGUUCGAGUGUGAUAGCGCCAGCGUUUCGAAGGCGUUUGCUCCGUUCUCUGUUGGUCCUCGGGGCUGUAUUGGGCGUAAUCUGGCGAACAUGGAGUUGCAAAUUAUCAUCGCAUCGAUUUUGAAGCGGUAUCAUUUCGUUUUGGAGAAUCCUGAUGACGGUCUCAAAACACAGGAGGGCCUCUUGAGAAAGCCGGUUGGAUGUCGUGUUGGCAUAAAGAGACGUGAAGUGCUCUAGUUUAUGGUAAGCUAAUGGUAUGAUAUCAUGUACGAGUAUAUGCAUCCAAAUCAAGAUGUGAAAUCUAAAGUAACUUCGAACUUUGGCAUA